AUGGCUAUGCUCUGGCUUCAUAUCAUUCAGUAUUCUGGUUUUUCACUCGCUCAACUAACAAAUGCAUUGUUAAUUUAUCUGAUCCUAACAAGGUCCGGGAAGCUAUUCGGGUCCUAUCGUUAUGUUAUGAUCGUGUUUGCCGUGUGUUCUAUGAUCUACUCAAUAGUGGAAGUUUUCACAGAGGUGGUCAUUCAUAUCAAAGGUCCAGUUUUUAUUGUUUUCAUGGACAACGCUUGGUUAACUCGUACAGGGUGGGGAAACGAAGUUACAACUUUGUACUGCGCAUCAUUUGCCCUUGUCAUUUCUCUUCUCGCCGUUCAAUUCUUCUAUCGAUAUGUAGUAACUUGCAAAGAAGAGUUGAAAGUAUACUAUAACGUCGAUUCAAGGAAUCUAGCAUUCAUUGCCCCCAUGUACUGGUCGAGUGGAAAAAAUGGGGAGAAGAAAUGGAACAUUCUGGAUUGCAUUGGAUCUUUAGAUGUGCAGCUAUAA